UUCAUCGUCAAAAUGUGAGAGAGAGAGAGAGAGAGAUGGCGGAGAACGGGGGAGGAGGGUUUAGGGCGCGGGUGGAUCACUUCCUCUACAGCGGAGAAAAGAAGCACGUCCUCGCCGGUAUUGCCCUCGUCGGCGUCGUUUUCGUCGUUCCUUGGUUUUUCAUGAACCGAGGCACUACACACAGUUCCCACCAAGAUUAUAUGGAGAAAGCUGACAAAGCAAGGAGCGAAAGACUCUCUUCCAGUGCAUCUUCUUUCAAGUGAUUACAUGCCGAGAGAAUAAUCAAAAUAAAGCCUCCAGCCUCUGUCAAAUGUUGUUUUAACAGCUCUUCAGAAAGAAAUAUUCCUUUCAACUGACAUUCAUCUUUAUGAUGCCCGGAGAAUGAAGCAACUACCAUUUAAACCGUCCUUGAUGCUGGUUGCAUCACUUUGUAUGAAUAUAGUACGUUUUAUGGUCAAAUUUUGACACUACCACUGUUAGUUUUUUCUUAAUAAUCAAAUUUAUCGUUCAUUUAGGUGCA